AUGGCUUUUUAUAAAUUUUUUAUAAAUUUUUACCCCCAGACAAGAGUAAUGCAGGACUUAUUAACGACUACUCCAUUAGUCAAGAUUAUCGCAGUUAAGAAGACAAACAGAAAGUUCAACAGAUUCCAGAGCGACCAGUUCAAGAGAUUAAGCACCUCCUGGAGAAAGCCAAGAGGUAUUGACAACAAGGUACGAAGAAAGGUAAAGGGUACCAUGGUCAUGCCAACUGUAGGAUUUAAGGCCGACAAAUUAGUAAGACACUUACUUCCAAACGGAUUCAGAAAAGUAAUAAUCCAGAACGUCAAAGACUUGGAUGCACUUAUUUCUCUAAACAGAGUGUACUGCGGAGAGAUCGCCCAUGCAGUUGGUGCAAAGAAGAGAAUAGACAUUGUCAAGAGAGCAGCAGACCUAGGAAUUGUCCUUACCAACGGAACUGCAAGAAUUGCAGCACAGAAGCUUGAUUAA